GGCAGGACCCAGAGUAGCUGCCCCACCGCUGCCUGUCAAGGACCCGCUCCCUGGUCCCGCUUGCUCCGUGGCGAUUUUGUUCAGGCGGCGGCCGGGCAGCUCGGGCGGGGCGGAAGCGGGGCGAAGGACCCCACCGGCCGGCCGGCGCAGCGGCGGCUGACGUGUGCCUGGGGGCGGUGGCGGCGGUUCCUGGGCCCGGACCGGAUCAUGUCGAAAGUCACCUUCAAAAUCACGCUGACCUCGGACCCGCGGCUGCCCUACAAAGUGUUAAGUGUGCCUGAAAAUACACCUUUCACAGCUGUCUUGAAGUUUGCUGCAGAAGAAUUCAAAGUUCCUGCAGCAACAAGUGCUAUUAUAACAAAUGAUGGAAUAGGAAUAAAUCCUUCACAGACAGCGGGAAAUGUUUUCCUAAAGCAUGGUUCAGAACUACGGAUUAUUCCCAGAGAUCGUGUUGGGAGCUGCUAAUAUCUACUGAGUGGUUUUGGAACAAGUGAAAUCACCAUGUUAAAGAAUAAAUGGUCAUAUUUAUUUUGGAAUUAGUACAACUAAUGAAUCAGCCUGUUUUAAAAUUACUUACAAUGACUUCCUGGGAUUUAAAAAUUAAUUAAAAACAGAGUUUUCAUUUUCUUUCCCUGUUAGCAUUUAACAAAUCAUAAGCUGGCCUGGCCCUUCAUCUACUAACAGAAGAAUGGUCUGAUGUAAUGCUAUAUUCUUGAAAGCAGGAUGGACCUCUUUCUUUUUACUAACAGAACCUCUUAGGAAAUGUUAUUGAAAACAAAAGGGCAAACCUUGUCAGUAGAAACAUACAACUGUGAUUGAUGGAUUAAUAACAGAAUCCUGUAUUUAGAAGUUCAUUUCAUGGAAGGAGAAUCAUGUGUUUGAUUUUUAGAAAAGGAGACCAUUAGGAGAAAUGCUUUCCUACUGAAAGCUAAAAAACAUAAGUUUAAGCCCUGAAUUAUGUAUAAUGUACAUUGUCAAACUCAAAGAAACAGUUUUCCUCACAGUUAAAAUUGUCAGUCCAAAUCGAAGGGGUAUCUUGAAAACUUCAGACUCUUGUUACUGAAAUGUGCAGAGAACUUCUAAGAAAUGUAAAUACUUGGCUACAAUCAUAAGGUACUGGAAAAAAAUUAA